AGAGCAGCUGCAGUUUCGAGCGCUGCUGCGCUGGUGGUGUUUGAAAUCUCGGCCGUUUUUCAACGCCGAGCCUGACUCGUUAGCCUGACGAGCAGUCUCUUGUCACCAAGAAACACCCCUGAGCCAGCCGGAGUUGGUCGCCGUGUACUGCUGUAUUUCCUCGAGAAGAAAACAAAUCCCGUCACCAUGCCUACCCAAAACCGUAUUGUAAACUUCAAAAACAAGGGCAAAGACCAGCAGGAAAUGCGCCGGCGAAGGAACGAAGUCAGCGUGGAACUACGCAAGCAGCGCAAGGACGACCAAAUCCUCAAAAGGCGAAAUGUCAGUUUUAGCGAGGACCCAGUCAGUCCCUUGCACGAACAGAAUAAGGGAUCGUUUGCAUCUGUGGAGGAAAUGGUUGCUGGCUUGACCAGCCCUGACCCAGACGUGCAGCUGAUGGCUACGCAGUCGGUGCGCAAGAUGCUGUCUCGAGAACGACACCCACCCAUAGAUGCCAUGAUUCAGGCUGGAGUCGUACCUGUCCUUGUGUCAGCACUGGCCAAGGAUUCUUGUCCAUCACUGCAGUUUGAGGCAGCCUGGGCCCUGACCAACAUUGCAUCUGGGACAGCCGAGCAGACGGACACUCUGAUUCAAGCCGGUGCUGUGCCUCUGUUUGUGCGGCUGCUGGGCUCGUCCCAUGCCAAUGUGUGCGAGCAGGCCGUCUGGGCCCUGGGAAACAUCGCGGGUGACGGCCCCAGCCUGCGAGACCUCGUGUUGCAAGCUGGCAUCCUCAAGCCCCUGCUUGCACUUGCACGACCAGAUGCCCCUGCACCGUUCAUCCGCAACGUUACAUGGUCCCUACCGGGAGGUGGUGGCGGACGCUUGUUGGGCCCUGUCAUACCUGACGGACGGUGCCAACGAGCAGAUCGAAGAAGUUGUGCAGCAGCCUGGUGUGGUCUCCCGCCUGGUGGAGCUGCUGGGCGGUGGCCAGCACCCGGUGUCAGUGGUGACCCCCGCCCUGCGUGCCCUGGGCAACAUAGUGACUGGCAGCGACGCGCAGACGCAAGCAGUGAUCGAUGCAGGCGCACUGGUGCCUCUGCGCGCCCUGCUGCGCCACCCCAAGGCAAACCUGCAGAAGGAGGCCGCCUGGGCGGUGUCGAACAUCACCGCGGGCACCGAACAACAGAUCCAGGCAGUCGUGGACGCCGGCCUCAUCGAGCCCCUGAUUGAGGUGCUGGCCACAGGGGACGCACGCAGCCAAAAAGAGGCAGUCUGGGCUGUCACCAACCUUACCUCGGGUGGCUCCCUCGCCCAGGCCGUGUACGCACUGCAAGCAGGUGUGCUGCCGCCAGUCUGCGAUUUGCUCACCGUCCAAGACCCCAAAACCCUGCUGGUGGCCCUGGAUGCAAUUCGUAACCUCCUGGGGGCUGGCGAAAGGCUGAACGAGCGAGACCAUGUCUGCUCGAUGAUUGAGGAAGCUGGUGGCCUGGACAAAAUCGAGGCUCUGCAACAUCACGAGAACGCAGAAGUCUACCGUGCUUCUCUUUCCAUCAUUGAGGAGUUCUUCUCAGACGAGUCUGAAGAUUACAACCUGGCGCCUGAAGCUGGCGGUGAUGCUUUCGCCUUCUCAGCACCGGCCCCCUCCGACCAAGGCUUCUCGUUUUGAGUGUUGUACAGCACCUCCAUGUACAGAAUGUUUAUAGCCUCAUUUUAAACACCAC